CUGCAUUAAACCCCAGGCGAAGUGAAACAGGGAGACAGAAGAAGAAGAUAUGUUCAGAACAUAUGUAUGGUGUACUUUCAUUUAGCAACAUGUCGAAAAUAAAGAGUAUUGUAUGGCCUCGGGUGGUUCUGUUUGGAGACUCGAUUACACAGUUUUCUUUCCAAGAGAAAGGAUGGGGCUCUGAUUUAGCAAACAAGCUGGCGAGAAAGUGUGACGUGGUGAACAGAGGUUUGUCUGGAUACAACACUCGAUGGGCUAAACUGGUUCUUCCCCGGAUCAUCCCAAAUCCCGGUGCUUCUCAUCGUUCUAUCGCAGCAGUGACCGUGUUCUUCGGUGCAAACGACUCUGCCCUGGAAGAUAAGAACCCGCAGCAGCAUGUUCCCCGUGAGGAAUACUCGGAGAAUCUGAAGGACAUAGUGAAAUAUCUGGCCUCAGCUGGUGUGCCUAAGGACAAGGUCAUAUUCAUCAGUCCUCCACCAAUUCAAGAGGAACUCUGGGAAAAAGAGUGCAUACUAAAAGGAUGUUCUCUGAACCGUCUCAACUCUGUGGCUGGUCAGUAUGCUCAGGUGUGUGUCCAGACUGCAAAACAGUGUGGAGUGGACGUGAUCGACCUCUGGUCCCUCAUGCAAAAAGAUGGAGAGGACUUCUCAGUCUAUCUCUCAGACGGCUUGCACCUCUCUGAGAAGGGCAACCAGUUUGUAGCCGAGCACGUGUGGAGUCUGUUGGAGAGCAAAGUGGCUGAUUUACCCUUUAUCCUGCCUUACUGGGCUGAUGUAGACUGUGAGAACCCUGAGAACAGCCUGCUGUGUGAUUAGAGUCGACAGCCACACCGGACGUCUAUCUGAUGCAAGUUUACGGUCACUGGUUCUGUUGUUUUGUGACUUUUUCUGGCCGAUUUGCACUGAGGCUUUGUAUUUAAGGGAGGGAUGAGAAAAAGGAAAACCAGGUGCUUCGUUAUUGGCUGGAGCUCACGGGUAAUGCUGGUAAAGGUUGACUCAAGUAACAGUGUGUUCACAUCAUGUUGGAAUUACAAGAUGGAGGCUCAGAGGUUCUGCUACGGGCUUUUUAAGUCUCCUCGGACUCACGAACAGUUUAGAAUCGUUUAUAAAGCGAACAGAAAAUGAAUGAUAGGCAUGUAUAGAAUUAAAUACUGAUUUUAUGCUCCUAACUACUGUGGAAGACAGAAGCAUGUAAUCAGUCUCUCCAGGAUUUUGCGAUCUCACAAAUUUUAACACAAAAUUCAAGGAAGAGCCACAAUAUUCGGAAGUGCUUGCAAUUUUUUCCGGAAUUACCACAGAUUUUCCAGAGAUUCGGGCCAAGACGCUUCGCGUGACGUCUUCACAACGCACGUUCCGCCAAAGCCCUAUUUAUUUCACAUGCGUCGAACGAGUACAGCUGGAAGAUCUCUUUACCAAACAUCACUGCAAAAGAAUAGUGAAAAAUUGCAAUUUCACCAAUUCAAGUAGUUUUCCACAAAAAAAACAAACUCUACAAAUUGUAUUUCAAAUCUUUAAAAAUCUGCAGCAAAAUAAAGCGGUUGCAGCAAUCACAAAAAAAAAGCCCCUCUGUGAACCCUGUACAGACUGAUGUAAUGACCAAUGACUGUAACUCCAACAUGCUGUGAAUAUACAGUAAUACAUGGCAUUAUGCUGUUAAGUCCAUGAAUGCUUUAUUUUCUAGUGUCCUUUCACAGGUCUUUUUUUGUUUUGCUGUAAUAUUAAAUCAAUUUGAAUGUUGAACAGCAGACAAACCCGGUGCAAUGCAAGGAGGGUAACAGUAAUCCCUACACCAAGCAGCUGACACUGAUUUGUAUCGACAUUCUGAUCAGCUCGAUUGCAGUCACUUCUUUACUGAUGAAAGAGCAAUUAUUGCACUGUUUUAUCAAAUCCAAAACACUCAUCAGGUACUAAAUCACCUCUGCAGACAAAAUGAGUUAACGUGUGUGCGCAGGACUGUGCAAGGGCUUGGAAGUAUUCAUCAUUUAUGAUUAAGAUGUUUAAUCUGUAAUACAGGUUAAGUUCAUGUACUCAAUUACUCGUUUCUUACUACAUUGAUGGAAGGAUGCGACUUUGAUUAAAGUGGGUUGGGUUUCUAUCCAGUGUGUUUACAGUCAUGUUCAGUACAAGAGCGUGUGUAGUGGUAGAGUUUAUUCUUGUGGGUUCAUACAGUGUAAGUAAAUAAAAAGAUAUAUACAUCUAGAACACAAAAUCUAUCGUAUUAGCACUAAAUACAACCUGAAACAUUUCAAGCGAAAUAUGACAAAGUUUCUGAUCUAGCAAAGGAAGGAAUAGACAUUAUAUAAUAUUUUAAACACCAUAAAAGGAAAAAAAAAAAAGAAGCAGUAUUGCAUGGGUUUAUGGCACAGUAAAAUAUGGGCAUCACCAAGCCAUAAAUUACAACACUUAAGUAACAAUUAGAGUGAUAUAAAUGGAGAAUGAAAUAUGGUAUCAACAAAAAAAAAGCACAAGCUAGGUAUUAGAACUGAAAUAUACACAUUGCAGCAUACUCAGAUUUAAAUUUAAUGCAACGGUUUCAACAAUAAAAUGACAUUUAUAUAAAUUCACAUAAAUAGUGCUUAAUCAUAAAUCCAUAAUGUUAUAUUUUCUCUAAAACAGCUUUUGGGUAAUUAUGGACCCCACCCCCACACACACACACACACACACACAGAGAGAAAGAGAACCAGCACCUAAAGUAUACCUUGGCUUAAUAUAAAACAUGUUUUAACACUUUUCCUUCUGAUAUGUUUAUGUGGACUCACAAAUGUGCAUUUAAAUUACAGUUCAGUGUAUUCAUAUUUCAUUGACUCUUCCAGUUCAAACUUUCAGGCAGUUUAUAGCGAAUAGAAAACGGUAAGCGUAGUAACCGGAACUGCUACAGAACAGCAGAGACAGGAAUGG